AUGCAAAUAGAGACAGAAGUUCACAGUACAGAACAGAAAGAAAAUAUUCAAAACAUGAUCCUUGAGCAAAUUCUCCAAAGACUCAAUGUGAUAGAGCUAAGGCAGAGCGUUUUUAUGGAAAAAAGGGUUCAGGAAAUAUGGGAGGAGGAUGCCUGGACCCUUCUAAUGCAGAGGAGGAGUAUAAUAAAAGAAAAUGAUGGG